AUGAUCUCCCAGGCUUUUGUUUUGGCUACUUUGGCAGUGGCUGCUCUUGCCAGUCUGCAUCAUGAACCCAUCCACCAUCCCCAACCUUUUAAAUUCGGCUACAGCGUGAAGGACAAGCAUGGAGAACAGCAUCGUGAAGAAGUUGGUGAUGGCAAGAACGUGAAAGGAAGCUACGGAUUUACCGAUGCCAGGGGAAUCAAGCGACAGGUCAACUACGUCGCUGACCAUGCGGGAUUCAGAGCUGAGGUCAAGACCAACGAACCCGGAACAGCCAACCAGAAUCCCGCAGCCGUCCACAUCAUCUCCGACGCUCCCUAUGGACAUGGAGGAUAUGCCGGAGCUGCAGGACUCGGAUACGCUGGAGUUGGAGGUGCAGGAUACGGAUAUGGUGGUCUUGGCGCUGCCGGAGUGGGUUAUGGAUAUGGUGGUCUAGGAGCAGCUGGUGUAGGAUAUGGUAAUGUUGGUCUUGGAGGAUAUGGUGGUUUCGGAUAUGGAGGUUAUGGCCUCGGCAAUGGACUUCUGGCUUUUGUUUUGGCUGCUUUGGCCGUGGCUGCUUUUGCCAGUCUGCAUCAUGAACCCAUUCACCAUCCCCAGCCUUUCAAGUUCGGCUACAGCGUGAAGGACAAGCACGGUGAACAGCAUCGUGAAGAAGUUGGUGAUGGCAAGAACGUGAAGGGAAGCUACGGAUUCACCGACGCCAGGGGAAUCAAACGACAGGUCAACUAUGUUGCUGACCACGGAGGAUUCAGAGCUGAGGUCAAGACCAACGAACCUGGAACUGCCAACCAGAACCCAGCAGCCGUCCAUAUCAUCUCCGACGCUCCCUAUGGACAUGGAGGAUAUGCUGGAGCUGCAGGACUCGGAUACGGCGGAGUUGGAGGUGCAGGAUAUGGAUAUGGUGGUCUUGGAGGUGCAGGAUUGGGAUAUGGAUACGGUGGUCUUGGAGCAGUUAGUGUAGGAUACGGCAAUGCAGGACUUGGUGGAUAUGGUGGUCUCGGAUAUGGAGGUUAUGGCAUUGGAAAUGGACUUCUAGGCAGUUUAGGAUACACACGAUACGGCUUCUAA